AUGGCUGCUGUCCUCUGCCUGAGUCUGAUGCUGCUGCUCUGGAGCCAGGGGCCAGGAGCCCAGGGCAAAGAGUUCCAAUUUGGGGCCUGCCAAGUGGAGGGGGUAGUUCUCCAGGAACUAUGGGAGGCCUUCCGGGUCGUGAAGGACAUUGUGCAAGCCCAGGAUAAUAUCACCGGUGUCCGGCUGCUGCGGAAAGAGGUCCUGCAGGACGUCUCGGACGCCGAAAGCUGUUACCUCAUCCAUGCCCUGCUGAAGUUCUACCUGAAUACUAUUUUCAAAAACUUCCAUGAUAAGGCAGCUGAAUUCGGGAUCCUGAAGUCAUUCUCCACUCUGGCCAAUAACUUCAUUGCCAUCAUGUCAAGACUGCAGCCCAGUCAGGAAAAUGAGAUGUUUUCCAUCAGCCAGAGUGCACGCAGGCGGUUUCUGCUGUUCCAGCAAGCAUUUAACCAGCUGGACAUAGAAGCAGCUCUGACCAAAGCCUUUGGAGAAGUGGACAUUCUCUUGACCUGGAUGGAGAAAUUCUACCAGCCCUGAAUGCCUAGACCAUGAUACCCUCCUUGUUCUCCGUGUCAUUUCAAACGAGUGUGCCUUCCUGUGAUGCUCUCUGGGCGUUUCACACUCUUGACCGGGGGUCCCGUUCUUGGCCCAGGCUUAUCCUCAAAGACUUCAUUCUUUAAGUGGCCCCAACGACAGUCAUGGGAGGUUCCGUUGGAUGCUGUGAAUAAUCUACAAA